AUGGUAUCCAAGAUGACCAACCUACUGUCAACCCUCCACCUCAACCUCCUCACCCUCCUCUCCAACCUCUUCUCCCACCUGACCUCCCUCUUCUUCUCCCUCCUCUCCCUCACUCACGCCCUUCUUAUCGUUUUGGGCUUCACCCGUCCUAAUCAAUGGGAGCCCCCCACAUUCCUCGACUCCCUCCUCUAUUCCCCCCUCUUACACCUCACCACCAACCUCUACCAAACCCUCCUCUUCCUCCGCGGCCACCCCUUCCAUCCACCCCCUCACCACUCCCGCAUACGAGUAGUCUGUCUCUCCGACACCCACUCCCUCCGCCCCCCCUCCAUCCCCAGAGGCGACCUCCUCAUCCACGCAGGGGACCUUUCUGCAACCGGAACAUUCGACGACCUCCAAGACCAAAUAAGCUGGCUUUCUUCCCUUCCGUUCAGACACAAGGUUGUUGUCGGCGGUAAUCACGAUUGUUUCCUAGACAGGGCAAGCUCCAUCCAUCGGACCAGAGGGCAAAAGGAAAAGAGGAAACUGGAUUGGAAAGGCGUGGUGUGGUUGCAGGAUGAGUUGACAACCCUAGAAUUUGAGGACAGGGAGGUGGGGGGAAAGAGGAAAUUGAACAUCUUUGGGAGGCGUUGGGUCAGGAGGUGCGGGGGUGAUGAUUUUGCGUUUCAAUAUGAUGACGAGAGGCCGCCUUGGGAAGGGAGAAUCCCGGUUGAGACGGAUGUUUUGGUUACGCAUUGUCCUCCGGUUUGCUUACCCCUUUUUUUGUCGUCACAGAUGUGGGAGAUGCUAACGAGAGAACAGAAAGGCCACCGCGACUUGCUGCUUGGUUGUCCUUCGUUGCUGGCCGAGCUGUGGAAGGUGAAACCGAAGCUUCACGUGUUUGGGCAUGUUCAUCACGGGGCGGGGGUGGAGAGUGUGUUCUUUGAUGAGUGCCAGGCGGCGUAUGAGGGUCUUGUUUUGCGGACGGCGGCGGUGGAAAUGAGUAUGCUGAAGAGAUGGUUCGAUUUUCAGGGGCUGAAAUAUGCGUUGAGUAUGUUGAGGUAUGGGCUGCAGAGUGUGCUGUGGAAGUGGAUCAUGGCUGGGCCGGCGAGUAACAAUGGGGGAGUGUUGGUUAAUGCUGGGGUGAUGAAGGGGAAUACGGGCAGAUUGAGGAAAGGAAGGGGGACGGUGAAAGUGGUUGAUUUAGUGAUUGGUGGUGGAAAAUAG